AUGUUCACCGGAGAUCCCUAUGCGUGGCCGUCGCGCCGCUCGCCCGUCCUCGCGACGCGCGGGAUGGUCGCGUCGUCGCAGCCGCUCGCCAGCGAAGCCGGCCUCCGGAUUCUGCGGGCCGGCGGCAACGCGGCGGACGCGGCGGUCGCCAUGGCGGCGGCUCUUGCGGUGUGCGAACCGUGCAGCACCGGACUAGGCGGAGACGCCUUCCUCCUCUUCUACCGCGCAUCUACCCGCACAGUCCACAGCAUUCAGGGCAACGGCCGCUGCCCCGCCGCGCUCUCGCUCCCCCACCUCGCCACUCUCGGCUUCUCCCAAGCUUGCCCCCUCCCCCCCUUCCACCCUCUCACCGUCACCGUCCCCGGCGGCGCCGCCUGCUGGGCCGACACCAUCCAACGGUUCGGAUCGCGCCACGUGUCGCUCCGAGAGGCGCUCGAGCCGGCCGUACAGCUGGCAGAAGGCGGUUGGCCCGUACCGCCCCUGACAGCUGGACAGUGGGAGCGAGGCGUGGAGCAGUUGAAGCAGGGAGGGCCACAUGGCGGCGAGCUAUUGGUGGACGGGGAGAGGGCGCCGAGGGCUGGCGAGGUGUUUAAGAACCCGGGCAUGGGCAACACACUGAGGCUGCUGGGAGAGAAAGGCAAGGAUGGUUUUUACUCAGGCCCGGUGGCCGAAGCGAUAGUCACAGCAGUGCAGGCCCAGGGCGGGGUGCUCUCUCUGCCCGACCUCGCCUCCCACACCUCCUCCUUCGCCCCGCCCAUCAGCACCACCUUCCACGGCCUCACCAUCUGGGAGGUCCCUCCCCCCACCCACGGCCUUGCCGCUCUCAUCGCUCUCAACAUCACCGAGGCUUACUAUUCCACGCACGGGCUUCCCGAGCCUGCCCGGGAGGCCCGGGGAGCGGGGCCCGAAGCUGCGGGCGAGGCUCGGGAGGAGGGGCGGGUCAAGGGGGAGGCGGAUUUCACGCAUGUGAUGAUUGAAGCGAUGCGAAUGGGGUUUGCAGAUGCGCUGGCGUGUGUGGCUGAUCCAGAGCACGUGCAGGUGCCUCUGGGGGAGGCUUUAUCUAAAGAGUAUGCAGCCAAACGAGCUGGGGAGAUCGAUUUAACACGGGCAGCGAUCGUUGAGCCAGGGAUUGGGGCGUGGGAAGGAGUGGGGACCGAUACGGUGUAUUUCUGUGCGGUGGACGGGGAGGGCAACGCAUGCAGCAUGAUCAACUCAAACUACAUGGGGUUUGGCACGGGGAUUGUCCCCAAGGGGUGCGGUUUUCCUAUUCAGAACCGCGGGCAUAACUUUUCCCUGGACCCUGACCAUCCCAACUGCCUGGCGCCUGGUAAGCGCCCCUACCACACCAUUAUUCCUGGCCUCGCCACCUGGGGGGAUACCCCUUCUACUGCAGCAGCAGCAUCAGCAGAAGCAGCAGCAGGAGCAGCAGCUGCAGCAGGAGAAGCAGGAGCAGAAGAGUCAAGAGCAGACGCAGGGGUGCCAGCAGGAGACCUGCACUGCACGUUCGGAGUGAUGGGCGGGUUCAUGCAACCCCAGGGCCACCUCCAGGUGGUAACCAGCCUCGCCCUCCUCUCCCUCAACCCCCAGGCCGCCCUCGACCGCCCCCGCUUCUGCCUCUCCGGCCUCCCCUCCCUCUCCCCCCCCGGGCACGGGCCUGGGCCAGUGAGAGAGAGCCACGUGGCGAUUGAGGAGGGGCUGGGGAGGGAGGAGGUGGCGGAGGAGUUGAGGAGGAGGGGGCAUCGGGUGGAGGUGGUGAGGGGGGAGGCGAGGGAGGUGUUUGGAAAGGGGCAGGUGAUUGUGAGGGAGAGAGGGAGUGGGGUGCUGUGGGGGGGGUCGGAGGGACGGGCAGAUGGCUGUGCCAUGGGGUUUUGA